GCAAAGAUCGAACGCAUACGCCACACAACAUGGCAAAGGUGAACGCCAAACUGUCUGCAGUGGUGGACGAAUUUCGGGAACUUGAUUUUAUCUUUAAAACUGGUUCUGAUCUGGACGUUGUUGAGAGCGGUUAUGCACGGAAGUUGGUUCACGCUAUCGGUAGUCAAAAUGAGGUCUUGGAGUGUGAAGCCUUGAAAGGUCUCGGAGAUUUGUACCUGCAUAAAGCAAAAACGAACACUAAUGAUAAAGUAGAGAACUUCCACAAGGCCUGUUCCAUGUACACAGAACUCUUACGAUAUUACACAAGUAUCGAGGAAAAGCAAGUUGUACAGCAUCGUAUCAAGUAUGCAGAGAAAUGCACGAAACUGGUGCACGAUCAAGAGAUUGUAAAAGCUCGUGCUACAAAUUCAGGCAAUACCAUAUUAGCUGUGUCCAUGACCCUUCACGAAAUGAAAAAUAAGACCAUGAACGUAUUUGGUGUCGUACCCUUGAUUGAGGGUUAUACAAACUCCUUAGUUAAAGCAAUAGUUGAAGGAAAUAAUCGUCUAGAAAUAGAAUCGUUGAAGAGCCUCGGAGACCUGUACCUAGAGAAGGGAAGGCAAGGAAAGGACGAAGCAGCUUUUGCAAGAUCAGCUGGCCUGUACCGAGCGGCGCUGGACCGAUGUGAAGAUUCAGACGACAGAGAAACGCUGAGGCACCGCAUCAAGUACUCAGAGAAAGUUGAGCAGACAGCACGAAAGAAGGCAAAGAAACGCCCGAAAACGAAGCCACUACGGAACAAGAAAGGUGUUAAUGAAAGUCAGCUGGCGUCUUCUCCCAUUACUCACGACGAAGAACUACGAAAUGGCUGCAGGGCUCUGCAGACAGGGGACCUGGACACGGCAGAACAACACUUUGCAGCUGCGCUCAAGGACGUUCAUUUGAAAGAUCCCAAAGCAGGUGAGCACUGGAAAGAGACGAAGCCCCUAUGCAAGUUAAGCGAUGUCUACGUUGAGAAAGGUAAGAAGUCGAAAGACGGAGGAGACUUCACCAAGGCUGCAGCGCUCAGUAACGCAGCACUGGUGAGAGCAAACGUGGAGGACAAAAAGGACAUAAAACAAACAAUCCUUAAAAUAACCCAGUCAUUUGCUAACCAUGUCUUAAAUACCACUAAACCGGUACCCAUCGAUGACGUGGAGAAACACAAAUCGAUGUUAACAGAAUGCCGCCGCUUUGUGGAAGAAGAGAUCAAAAGAAUUGAGCAGCAGAUAGAUCGUUAUAGUCUUGACGACAGCGACCCGAAGAUCAGGGAAGUAGAGAAGAAGAGAGUGGAAGCAAUCAAAGCCUUGUUUGACACUAUUGUUCAUAAGCGACGAACAUUCAUAACUGGUCUUGUAGACGAGUGUAUGGCGGUACUGGGUCCUCCUCCCUGUAAGUACGCCAUGAUAGGCCUGGGUUCACAAGCCACAGGGCUAGUAACGCCAUACUCCGAUAUGGAGUUUGCUAUUUUGAUAGAGAAGGAAACGGAAAACAGUGUGAAGUAUUUUCACAAUCUCACGCACUACCUUCACCUGAAAGUGAUCAACCUUGGGGAAACCAUUCUCCCGGCCAUGGCCAUCAAGUCUCUCAAUGACUUCGAAUCAGGUGACAAGCUAGACAACUGGUUCUACGACUCUGUAACGCCGCGUGGGUUUUCGUUCGAUGGAGCCAUGCCACAUGCAUGUAAAACACCACUAGGUAGAGAUCCUUACAUCGCCUCAUUACUUAACAACGUAGGUUCUGCCUGGAGUCACCUUGGAGAUCACAGAAAGGCAGUCAUCUACCAUGAACAGGCACUUCAGAUGAGGCGCCGCAUCCAUGGUGAAGGCAUCGCACAUCAUCACAUCGCCUCGUCACUUGACAGCUUGGGUGCUGCCUGCAGUCACCUUGGUGAUUACAGAAAGGCCAUUAGCUAUCAUGAACAGGCACUGCACAUGGGGCAGAGUAUCCAUGGUGAGGGCAUCGCACAUCCUGACAAUGCCUCAUCACUUAAGAACUUGGGUAACGCCUGGAGUAGCCUUGGUCAUUACGAAAAGACCAUCAACUAUUAUGAACAGGCACUACAGAUGGAACAGAGUGUCUAUGGUGAGGGCACUGCUCAUCCCGACAUCGUCUCGUCACUCAACAGCUUGGGUAAUGCCUGGGGUGAUCUUGGUGAUUAUAGAAAGGCCGUCAACUAUCAUGAACAGGCGCUACAGAUGAUGCAUAGUGUCUAUGGCAAGGGCAUCGCACAUCCUCACAUCGCAUUGUCACUUGACAACUUGGGUAAGGCCUGGAUGAACCUUGGUGAUCACAGAAAAGCCGUCAAGUAUUAUGAACAGGCACUGCAGAUGAUGCACAGUGUCUAUGGCGAGGGAACUGCACAUCCUCACAUCGCCGGGUCACUUAGCGGCUUGGGUGCCGUCUGGGGUAACCUUGGUGAUUACAGAAAGGCUGUUAGCUAUUGUGAACAGGCACUUCAGAUGAUGCGAAGUAUCUAUGGUAAGGGAAUUGCUCAUCCUGACAUCGCCGUGACACUCAACAACUUGGGGUGA